AUGUAUUGCUCCAUCACUCCGCUUAUUUGGCUUGUAUUGGCUCUUACUCUUAUCGAGCACGCAACUGCAGGGGCAGUAUUCAUCUUCACUUAUGGAGGGAAAAUAACACGCUUCGAAGCAACCCUGCACGUUCCAUCACCCCCAACCGCACUUCAAGGCCAUAGUCCAGACUGGAAAGUCCAAGCCACAUGGGCGGGCAUGCAACCCACAGAUCAAAGUUGUGUUUUGCAGAAUGUAGUUGGGAAUGCAGGGGAGGAAUUGGGUCAUUGGAGUCAUGUGCCUAGUUUUUAUGAUGGGGCAACGAAACCGAGUUGGAUUGAGGUUUAUUUUGAGGAGGUGCAGCCGGAGGUAUAUCCGGGCGAUGAAAUAACAAGUAUCUGGGCUCUUGACGAAAGCUCCAAUAAAUGGCUUGAUACGUGGUCAGUGAUACCCGUUAAGAUCGGCGCAUCAAAAGGAGAAGUUCCUUAUAGUGGAAACUACACUUUCGAUGGUACCAAAUUUGGAACAUAUGGGGGAGGUAAACACCAUUUUCUAUUGCGACCUCUAAAGUCGAAGGUUGACGUUAAUGUUAAUAUACAGAUCUUGCUCAUGAUCGAGCAUGUGGGAAUUGGCGGUAGUCCAGAUCCUGGUUGGGGUUCUGGAGCCGUCAUGUUCACGAAUAUCCUGAUUGAGUCUGUUUCAACGCAGGAUUGGUGCAAUCAUGAGAAUUCGGAGACUUGGCAUCCGCAAGAUGUUAAGGUUCUGGAUGUUUCUACGCCGUUCUCUUCGGCGGUUAGGGAUGGAAAGAAAAUUUGCCGUAUUGCGAGGCUUGUUACUGAUUUGGAUGGAAUUGAGGUCGUGGGAAUAGAUUUUAAAAAAUUAUGGGGGUUUGUGGAAGCAGAGAAAUAG